AUGUCGGAAAGAUCAUGUCCUAUGUCGGCGUCCGCUGGAUCGGAAUGUCCUAUGGGCUCCAAAGGUGGCCGUACCGGACCACGGGGCUGCAAUUUUUCUAGCUUUACACAGCAGGGCGAUAUUAGAGCAGCUUUUGAUAUUCCUUCUGGUGUAGAUCCUGACCAAUACUUGCGUCAAAGGGAACGCAAAGCGAUCAACGAAAUGCUCUACUCCAAUGUUCCUCACAUGGAAGAAAUCAAAGAGAUCCAAACAACCCAAGGCGUCAAAAGUCUCGAUUUAUUAAAUGCCAAUGAGCAAGAUCUGCUAGCUGUAGCACUUGGUGCUCCCGCUCGACAAGUUUUACUCAGAGCAGAAGAGGUGGGACCCCGCACAGGGUGGCGAGAUGGAUACCUCAGUAUGAACUAUGGAUUCUGUCCACCAGAUGCCGAUGAAGCAGCUGGUGUGCUGGCAAAGUCUCCUGGUAGAGUCUGGUCAGAUCUUUGCGAACGGAUGCCGGGUUGUGUGGCAAGAGGUCGCGUGAGGGAAUCUGUCGCCGCCCUGCCCAUUAUCGAAGGAACAGCAGAUGCCAUUCCAGAUAAAGCGCUUUGGGCGGCAUUGGUUGCUCUUGGUAUGUUAUGUUCCAUCUACAGGUAUGAAGAGAAGCAUAAUGGAAGAGAGGGUAUAAAUGUUACCUCGGCUGAACGAAGAGUGGACGAGGAAAUGAGCGAUGAUUUGGGCGAUGAGGUGAAAGGUAUUCCCAGAAGUAUCGGUCUCCCGUUCUACCAAAUCUCGAAGCGGAUGGGACGAUCGAUUCCGCAUCUUACAUUCUUCGAUCAAUCUUCGUAUAAUCUCAAAGUCCGGGAUCCUACCUCAACACAUCCGUAUGUGGGUCGGUUCGACAACACAGAUUUAAGAUGGCCCAUGUUUGGUGAUUCAUCCGAGAUAGCAUUUUUAAAGGGCUGCGCCGACACCUCAGCUUCGUUUCAACACGGUGUCGACGCAAUUGCAAGCUGCCAGGAGCACGUCAUGAGCAGGAACAGAGAUGGACUUCUCCGUGAACUCAUUCGACUGAAGGAAAUCCUCGAGCGGAUGCCUAACGCCUUUCACUCCAUAUCACUCAACCCCAACUCCGGCGACAAUUACGUCUCACCUGCAGAAUGGGUACGUUGGGCAAAGUUUUCUGCUCCUUUGUCCAAGCGCUGCCCAGCAACAUCCGGCCUGCAAUUUCCUCCCUACUUGUUAAUGGACGCCUUCCUGGGACGUGCAAAGUACCAAUCUUUCCUAGGAGCUGAGGGCGUUCACCUGAGGGCUUGGCUGCCAUCAAACUGGAGAGCUUUCAUCGCCGCCGUCGAAUAUCAUUAUCGUAUUCCUGAUUUUGUAGCUCAAUCUGGUGACCAACAACUCAUCGGUGCCCUAGAUGGUAUCGUUGAAGCUUAUACUGGCGAACGCGGGUUUAUGGGCACCCACCGCUACAAAGUUUUUGGUCUACUUGAAGUUGCUGGAAAGACUGGCCGGUCGGAAACAAACGGAGAUUCUGGAUCCAGUGAUGCCAACUCGAGACCAUGGGAGGAGACCCACAGGGCUUUCUCAGAGGCAAUGAAAGAGCGUCUUGAACCAUACCGUGGGAACCUCCGCGUCGAACCCCAUCAGAUGCGUGGAACAUUUUCAGAAUGCCGUUAUAAGUCCAGGGUUCUCAACAGAUCUUUCGUCGAUAUGGACCCCGAAAGGUCUAUCGCGAUGGUUACACUUGAUAUUCAAGAGACGGGUAUCACGUUUCAACCCGGUGAUCGUCUCGCGAUAAUGCCUCUCAACAGCUGGAUGGAGUGCGCCAAAGUGGCCGCUGCCUUGGGCCUCGAUACAAUGCUCGAUCAGCCCGUUUCUCUAGAUAGCCAAUGGACGAGAUUUGCUGAGCACCUGGGUUCCGUAUCAAAGAAAUCCACACCACGAUUGAGAGUAAAGGACAUUCUACGACGAGGACACCUGGCGCCGGUCACGAAAGACCUAGUCAUGAAACUUCACACAGUUCUUAGAGCAUCUUCAAACACGCUUCUUCAGAUCCUAGCAACAACUGAAUGGCCAGUACGAGGUUCUUUCGGCGAUCUUCUCCAAGCAGCUGUCACUGAUACAUCUUCACAUAUCUGGGAUCAGGCAUUUGACCUCUCAGGGAAUCUCUCAUGGUUAUCGGAAUUGGUACCGAUUGAGGUCCCAAGAACAUACAGCAUCUCAAAUUACCCGGAUGAGUUACUUCCUAGUACCGUGGACUUGACCGUUUCGAGAUCUGAUUUCAAUGUUUGUCCUACCCUCUCCGAUCCAUUGUCUGCACCUCGCCAUGGAGUUAGUAGUGGCUUCUUAAACCCUCCAAUGUCAAGUCAGGACGAGUCAACCGCAGGCGAUGAAGAACUACUCGUUGGUGUCUCCCGACCUCUGGCAUUCCAAUUACCAAUCGAUGAUGCCGCUCCAUGUGCCUUUUUUGCUGGUGGCAGCGGUAUCGCCCCCUUCAGAAGCUUUUGGCAAGCCCGUGCUGGGAAUUCUGUUGGCAGAAAUAUCCUAUUCCUCGGCGUACAGUCCAGGGAGAAGUUUUGCUACGAGAAUGAGCUCAGAGACUAUGUCAACGAUGGUUCUAUGGAGGUAUAUACCGCAUUCUCGCGUGACUCGCGAGGUCUUGUCUACGAUAAGCAUUCACGAGAUUUGAUGGAGAAAGAGAUCACGCCGCGGUAUAUAGACUCUCUGAUUAUUGAGCAGGGGGCUAUGGUGUGUGAUCUUGUCAUGUCCAAGAAGCAAGGAGGUUUGGGAGGCUAUCUCUACGUCUGUGGCUCGCUUUCUGUGUUCGAUUCCGUCAUGUCUGGAAUUCGCAAAGCCAUCUACAAUCAUCGUACGUCAAGCAUGGAGUCUACCGAUGUAAUUCUUAACAACGCCUUCGCCGAGCGGCGCUUCAUGCUGGAUGUCUUCAUGACACCGAAACCGUUGCCAUGCAACAUACCGACUAUCCCACUUUCCCAACUAGCAAUGCAUACUGGCCAUCGCCCCGACAGCCACAUCUUCAUCGCUGUGCAUGGAAGUGUGUAUGAUGUCACGGAUUUUUGUUCCAUGCAUCCUGGAGGGAUAAACAUUAUCAAAUCAAAUGCGGGAGUAGAUUGUACGAAAUCCUUCGACCUUCUGGCGCAUACGAACAACCCGGAAGUGUCCAGUCUCUUGAACAAGUACUUCAUUGGCCACCUUACACCAAAGCCCGAUUAUCAUCAUUGCGAGGAAGUCAGCAUGCUGUACGAUCUCUGGUCGGAAUAUUUGAGAACAUCAGUCGAGACGCUGGUCGCGCAAGCUUUCGAAGUACAUGAGUUCAUGGAAUCCUCAAAUCUUUGGUUCCAAGGAAAUCUGUUCAAUAUGGGUGGCGUCCGAAGAUUUUACCACCAUCAGUCGAGAUUACUUCAGAAUGGCUUCUCGGCUCUGUUUGGGGCCAAACUCCAGGAGCUCUAUCUGAAGCUGUCAUUCGCCCUUGCGAACUCUGCCGCAAGCUCCAAUCCAAGCCGUCUUCCGGAUGUGCUAGGUAUUAUUGCCCGGGCUAAAGGCUCACUAGAUGCAAUGACAACAUCAAAUGAGGUCUCCCAAAUUGGGAGGUUUACUUCUGACAGCGAAGCGGCACGUUUCCAUGAGCGGGGUAUACUAAACUAUGCAAGGAAGUCCAUUCAGCUUGACAUGGAGCUUCUAGAAGGCAUUCGCGAGGAGGCAUGCAGCGGAAUGGAUGCAUUCGAUACUAUUUUGGCUCUGGAAUCGCCAUCUGAUACUCAGCGCAUCACAGCCCUCUCAACGUUCUUACUUCAACUUAUGGAACGCAUGGCUAUGAGAUUAGAAGGCUUCUACUCUAAACUGGCGGAAACUUCUGUUUACCAUCCAGAAAUCGAACAAAAUCCCGCCAGAACGAGAUGGAAUCUCCUAAAGCGGAGAAUCCGUGACGGGUCUUUUUUCGUGUUAACCCAAGAUGUGACGAUCAAUACUCAUGCUCAUCAUAUGUCUCACAAGGGUCAGGAAGCUGUAGAGUUCGACCACAUUAUCAGCCAGAUCCAGCAAAGCAUCAAUCAAGCACCAACACCUACUCCCCGAGCUUCAAAUCUUACAGACCAACAUGUAGCUCGAGGCCAGGCUACCGGAGGGACUGGAGUUUCGGCCUAUGAGUCUCACGAAAAUGGGAAUGCUAUGAAGCGUAUAUCCACAUUCAUGAGCACCAACAUGCGCGCCAUCCGCAGACUCAGCAAACUCCCUUCCUCUGGGGUAAGCCUCGAACAACUCAUAAGCGCUUAUGGCCCUCGAUCAACACAACCCCACCUGAAUUCUCUUCCCACUCCACCAAGCAACAGAUCAUCAAGUCGACCACCAUCCUCUUCGCGCGAUGCGAACAACGUAAAUCUACGAGGCCGCUCCCCGACGGUCGAUGCAUCCAUGCCACCAUUCCGCCAUCGGAGCCGCACCGCAUCAAGCGCACGCUCACAUAGCAAUCUCAUCCCUACUCCAUCAUACACGCCUCCCCCAGUAUCCGCAGCCGCAACACUUCCUUCCAUGUUCAGCAACCUGAACCUGCGACAGAAACCUGCAGUUCCAUUAUCCCGGUCGAACACAAAUUCUAGUGACGAUCGCAUGCGAUCCAUGGCGCGUGUGGGUAGUAGUGUAGGUGGGAGGUCGCCUACGCCCAGUAGUAGUGCUGAGAGUAUGCAUUCGCGCGAGAGGUCUAUGACCGGGUCGCUGAGAGCGCUCAUGUUGCAGCAGCAGGAGGCGAGAGUACUACCAACGUUUUGA